AUGGUUUCGGACAAGUAUAUCGGGCUAGCGUUAGCCAUUCUCUCGACAUUAGCCAUAGGGACGAGUUUUGUGAUUACUAAAAAGGGCUUAUUGCACGCUUCCGAGACUCAUGGAUUCGAAGGAGAGGGAUUCUCAUAUCUAAAAAGUCCUAUCUGGUGGGGAGGAAUAGCUACACUGGCCAUCGGAGAAAUCGCGAAUUUUGCCGCGUAUGCCUUCGCGCCGGCAAUCUUGGUAACGCCAUUAGGCGCUCUUAGCGUUUUGAUCGGUGCUGUGCUCGGCUCUUACUUCCUGAAAGAACGACUGGGAACGCUAGGAAAACUUGGCUGCGCCAUGUGUCUCCUCGGAUCGGUUGUAAUUGUUCUUCACGCGCCUCCAGACCAGCCUGUCGAAACGAUUGAUGAAAUUCUCAACUACGCUUUGAGCAUAGGCUUCUUACUCUACUGCGCAGCUGUCGCAAUUUUCUCCACUGUCAUGAUUUACCGUGUUGCGCCGGCUCAUGGAAAGAAAAACCCUCUUAUUUACAUCUCAAUCUGCUCCACGGUCGGCUCCGUCUCUGUGAUGUCCAUCAAAGCUUUUGGAAUCGCGGUUAAGCUGACCCUCGGGGGCAACAAUCAAUUCACACACGCUUCGACUUACGUAUUCGCGAUUGUCACCAGUUUCUGUAUUCUGACACAAAUGAACUACUUUAACAAGGCGCUGUCCGAAUUUUCCACGAAUAUCGUCAAUCCUCUAUAUUACGUUACCUUCACCACAGCUACACUGUGCGCGUCUUUUAUCCUUUUUAAGGGUUUCAAUACUACCGACGCCGUCAAUACCAUUUCAUUACUAUGCGGAUUCCUCGUCAUCUUCUCCGGUGUCUAUCUCCUUAACCUCUCUCGACUUGAUUCGCAUCAGCAUUCAAUGCUAGCAUCAAAGGAUGAGGAUGAGGACGGUGUGCCCACCGAUGGAAUCGCAAGCUUCUCAACUAGGCGAUCGAUGCAGGCGCGGAGAAGCACAGAUCCUCACCGGCGAAGCUCCUCCUAUUCGAGCGUCGCGUUCUUGAACGGGAAUGCCGAUAGAGAAGGACUUAUGCGGUCGUACGAUGCCGAAAAUGGCGUUAUUGGCUUAACAGAGCUUCGGGAGGACAAUGACGCAGGCGAUGGCGAGCCUGGCCCUACGCAGAAAUCAGAUGUCGAGGCCAACGCAGCCUUCCAUUCCAAGUUUGACGAGCGAUGA